GGUCUGGUUGUUUACACUGUAGUUAAACAUGGCCGUUGACAAACUCACUCAGGACAGUUAGAGCGCGAUAACUUUUAUAGAUUCAACUUUUAGCCGUCUUAUUUGUAAAGACGGGCUACUGUCAAGUAACCGAUUCUGGUGUCUGUUUUUUCUGGUGGAGAUUUAUUUUUUAAAUUUCGCUUUCCUGUGAGUAGUUAGCCGUUUAAGCUAGGUAGCGAGCUAACUUCUCCAUAGGGAACAAUGACAGCGACUUCAGCGGGGAGCAGCAGCUGCCUGGCUGCUAAAGGACUGGACAUAAGUCUGGCUGCUCUGCAGCGACAAGACCCGUACAUCAAUAACAUUGUGGACGUGGCCAGCCAAGUCGCUCUGUACACUUACAACAACAGGGCAAAUGAGUGGGAAAAGACAGAGGUGGAAGGCACGCUUUUUAUCUACACAAGGCUGGCAUCUCCCAGACAUGGUUUUACCAUUAUGAACCGACUCAGUAUGGAGAACCUGACUGAACCAAUCACCAAAGACUUAGACUUCCAACUCCAGGACCCUUUUUUGCUGUACCGCAAUGCACGAUUGGUUAUCCAUGGCAUUUGGUUCUAUGAUAAGGAAGACUGUCAACGCAUUGCGCAGAGGACGAAGUUUCUGACCCAGCAGGAGCAGGCUCUGGCUCAGUCUCAAGGUGGAUGGCUGUCCCCGGGCGGAGGAGGAGGAGGAGGAGGAGAGGAGGAGGAGGAGGGAGGAGGAGGAGGAGGAGGAAAUGAAGCGAAGUCAGUAGACAUCAUACAGAUGCUGACCAAAGCACGCAGCGAGUAUGAUAAGGAAAAGUCUACAUCUGAGCCAAAGGAGUUUGGUGGCAGCAGUGUUCUUUAUGGAAACCCUAAUUUGAUCAAGCCAAUACCUGUUAAACCAAACACUCAGGAGACUGAGGGUGCUGAGACCAAGUCUCUCUCUCUGGCCACUCUUUUUGGCUCUCAACCUAAACACCCACUCAUCCAAGCCUGACCCUGUUUCUCCUACAGCUGUGCAUGGCAUGGUGCCAUCAACAGGAAAGUCACUCGGCCGCCUGUAGCCCGCACACUCAUAUACGAUGACACACUUUGCUCUGGGCGAACUGAGAAUUCCAAGGAAGGGAAUGUAUCUAUAUCUGGGUGUUCAGAUGCAGGUCUCCGGGCCAUACUUGGUGGACAGAAUGUUGGGGAAGAUAGUGCAGCUGUUGUUGGAGGUGUCCUUGUGAGUCCCACAGCCCAGCAGCAGAACCAGACUCAGCACUGCCGCAUCCAGAAGCUCAUGCAGGGACAGAGAGGGGUCGGGGUGCUUCAGACUGUUUCUGAAUCCCCGGAGAACAGGCUCUGCGACAAUGGGAUGCCUCUGGAGCAUCACCACCAUCAUCACCAUCUUUACCAUCAUCAGCAGCAGCAGCAUCAACAUCAUCAUCACCACCACCAUCAGCCGCAGCAGCAGAUUCAACAUGACCCAAUCAGGAGACUUUUACAAACCCAGCCACCUCCUCCCUCCUCUGCUCCUCCUCCGUGCUGUUCUGUCCCUUCUCAGCCAUUAAUGGUGGAUUCUGCGUCAUGUUCCCACUCGCAACAAACCCAGCUGCUGAUGUUCAACCUGCCUCAAUCUGAAGCCCAGCACAACAGUCAGUUAGCUUCAGCCACACAGGGAACAGGUAUGCUGCCAGCUCAGGUAACCAAUGAGAAAUGUCUCCACCCCUCACAAGGUGUCUCAUCUCAGAUGCCAGGUGUGGUAUCUCCCCAUGAACUCCUUCAGAAACUCCAGCUAGUCCAGCAGGAGCAAAGUCUUGCUUCCCACGACCCCCCUAGGCUCUGUCCUGGACUGGCCCCUCGAUUUUUGGGGCCUACUCAAAGUGAAGUUACAGGCUCAGUCCCAAACCAGACAGCCACCACAGCAGGUCAAAAGGCUGCACUGCAGUUUCAGGUCAUCUCCCCCCAGCGGAUUCCAGCCACUGUUGCCCCUACUAUGCUCCUUUCUCCCAGUGUGUUCACUAAGGCAAAGUCCGGUGCUGGGACGUCGGGUGUCCAGGAGCUUGGCCAUGUCUCCUCGAACCUGCCCAGAGCCCCGCUGAAGGAGGAGGUCAGAGUUCUGUCCAGAAGCCAGCUUCAAGCCACACUGCUGCAUCUGAUCCAGACUGACAGUUCAUUCCUGGACACCAUCUAUGAAGCCUACAUCAGCCGCUUUGCUAACGACUCCUGCAGCAAGUACUGAUGACUCUUCACACCCUUUGUCUAUACAUACACCCUGUCCACCCCAGCGAGUCUCAUUCCUACACCUAAUAUGGAUGCACCACUUCCCUUUCCAAUGCAAAGACAGUGGCAAAUGUUUUGUGUCUCUUUUGCACCACAGCCACUUAAUCCUUACCUGAAAUUAUUCAUGAUAAGCGGGCAGUUCUGACAAUUUGUAAAUGUCUUUAUUUUUGUUUCAGGAAUUGAAAACAUUUUAAUCCUUUGAUUCAUGGGAAGCACUUGUCCUCCCUGUGUAGUCCCAUAUCUUACAGUCAUUUUUCACACAAAUGUGACAAAACAGUCUGGUUUAUGCAGUGGAGGGGAAACCAUAGCUCCUGCCCCUGUACAAUCUUAAUGAAAACGAAUUAAGUUUUGAAUUAAGGAUUUGAAUUUAGUAGGAACAUGCACUUUUGUUCUUCAAGUGUAGCUAAGUCUUUUUGUUUUAAUUAUCCGUUUACUCAUUCACAUCAUCACCAGCUCAAGAUGGAGUGCUGAAGGACAUUCUCAGACUGAUUUGAAACUGACUCCACUUCUAAAAUUAUAUGAAAUGUAAAGAAGUUUUUUCUGUACAUUUGGAAAGUUCUUUAAAUGUUGUCAAGGCUGAUUUAAAUUAAUUUCUUAUUUGUUUAUGUAGCAAAGAAAGUAGAGUGUAUUUUAGUUUUUACCAACAAAAUGCUUUUGCAACAAUAAUAUAAAUGGUACCUCAUCAUUUAGAUUUUUUUUUGCUUUGGGGAUUAUAUCUACAUUCUUUUCAUAGUUAAGUAAAAACAGUAUUGUUACCAACCACAUGAAUUAUUAUUUACUUUUUUAAAGCUAAAUUUGCUAACUGAUAGCUGCUCAGUCCACAUUUAAGAAGCACCAAUGCUUAGGAGACAUUCAAAAUGACUUCGUAUCAAUCUGACUUGAAGAUAAAAGGAAAGUAUGGGACAUCGUCAAACUGCACUACCUCACAGAGAGCUUGUUCAGUGGCUUAUCUGUGUUUUCUCUCACAUUUUUGUUUCCGUUUAUGAAAUGUAUUUCAUCAAUCACAGAAAACAUAACCUUUUAAUGUUCAAAUUCUUUCUCUCUUCGAAUUAUUGAAAAUUUUGAGUUGUGUCUUUGUAUUCAUACAAUUGGGCUUGGAAAACAAAGAAAAAAAAGACGAUAUUUUUUGUAUUAUAAAGAAGUGUAUUGAUCUAAUAGUUGACUUAAAGUGACUUGUCUGAUUUAUGUAAAUUGUUUAGUGAUAAAUCCACAUAAGUAAACUAUCGCUUGGUUAAAUAAACAAGAAGAUAAAGACAGGGAUGUCAACAUGACAAACAGGGUUUUUCAAAGCCACAAUGCAGCAUAGCUGUAAAACAUCACAGAAAAUGCAUGUCCAACAUACUGUUUACACUAUAUGUACUCUACAAAAGACAUUUCAUAAAGUUUAUCACCAUAAUCCAACUUCCUGUGCAAUGCAGGGAAGCUUCUGUCUCUAAAAUAUAUUUAGUCUGGAUCAGGGCUCGUCACUAAGCUCAAGAGUUAAACUCAGUAGCUACCAGAAGGUACACUAAAACAGCAGCCAAAAACAAUAUAUAUAUAUUUUUUUUCUAUUUUGUACUCAAGAAGCAAAUAUAUUGUUCUAAUAGUACAAAUAACCAGCAUGUGACAUAACAAUUUAAUGUACAGGUACAACAUAAAUAAGAGUUAAUUCUUCAACAUAUCAAACGUGUCAGUUUCUGUUUUUUCUGGUCAUCCAUGAUCUUUUUGUAAAAUCAGACAUUGGAAUGUUCACAGCUGAGACAGUUUUACAGUUUCUUUUCCAUUUUUAUCAGGAAUGUGUUGUUAUUAAGGAAACUGGAAUACAUUUUAAUUGGAAAUAAAUGUUUUUUAAACUCC